AUGUGGCCGGGGCUGGCACUCAAGGCGCCAGGGGGGGCGCGGGGUGCUCCCAUGCAGGGGCUGUCGCAGCUCAUGGGGCUGGCGGGCAGCCAUGCAUCACACACGCAUGAAGGCCAACCCGACUCACCGCAUUCGUCCUCGGCAUCAGAGGAGAGCACCGACAGUGACAGCGACAGCGACCCCGCGUCCUUGGACCCAACGCACUUCCCCUACCACCGCCUCGACGACGCUCCUGACCCUGCACUGCCCCACUCGCCGCCCGCCCACCCCUCCCUCGCCUCCGCUCCCUGCGCUGCUUCUUCUGCCAGCAAUGGGUCUGUGCCUGUUGGUGAGGUUGGCAGUGCAGCUGGUGCUGGUGUUUCUGGUGAAACUGCUGGUGUUGCCAGUGAGGCUGCCGGGAAGGACAAGGAACGGAAGGAGAAAGAGGAGGUUAGCGAGGCGGAUGAGGAUUUUGGGCCUGACCGCACUGAUAGUGACACCCGUGAGGGGGUGCACUUGCACCCAUUUGACCACGGCGGUGCUGACGAGGCAAGGGCGGACAUGGACGGCAUGGAGCGUCUGUUUCUGCAGGUGGCGUCGGUGCGCAGCAGCCUGCAGAACGCGCCUGAUGCUGUUCGGCGCGACACGGCCGCCCGGCUGGCCAUGCAGAUUGCACAGAUGCUGGGGGGCGAUGAUGAUGAUGCGUGGGGGCAUCUCAGCCGCCAGGCUAGCGGUCCAGCACAGGAGGGAGGGGGGGAAGGGGAGGGGGGUGCCAUGGGCGGCAGCGAGGGCAAGGGGGGCGAGGGGGGGAGGGGGCGCGUGGUGUGUGUGACGUGUGGGGCGCGGAGGGAGCAGCUGUACCGCGUGCACUCGCCCGGCAGCAUUGAGGUGCUCAAAUGCUGCGCCCCCCUCCCCCUGGUGCGCCCCCCCUCCCUCUGGUGCGGCCCUGCUCGCCUGGAUCAUGGUGCGUCCCCCCCUCCCCCCCCCUGGUGCGGCCCCUUCCCCAUGAUGCCCUCCACCUCCCAUUCCCGUGGUGCCCCCCCGUCCCCAUCCCCGGUCCCAUGUGCUCCUGCUUCCCCCACCCAUGCCCCUCCUGCCCUUUCACCCGUGCGCAACAUCUGCCCCCCCACCCAUCCCCCGCUCCUUUCCCCGUCUACCAUUCCAACUAGUGCUACUGGACGUGCUGCUCUUAAAGCCCCAGGCGCCCUUCAAGCUCUCCUGUGUCGCCACGCCAACCAUCUCCUCUUCCGCCCUCAUUUGACUGUCAUCUCUCUCACCAUUCCCUUGUGCCCCAACUCCUCCCGAAUGCGCCUGCUGUGCGCCCAGCAGCGCCCGCUGUGCCUCGCCACAGCCCUCAUUCUGCUCUGCCAUGCCACGCUGCUGGUGUUCCGGGCGGCACACGGCAUCACAGUUGACCCUGCACACCUUCUCUCCCUCCCCAUCAUCGCCCAGGUACUGCCUCCCCCUGGUACUGCCUCCCCAUGUGCUGCCUCCCCCAGGUACUGCCUCCCCCAUGUGCUGCCUCCCCCAGGUGCUGCCUCUUUCAGUGGUGCUCGCCUCAGGUGUUGCCUCAAGCCAUCCGUGCAGUUGUGUUUGUCACAUAAUGCGUAUGGUGUGGCGGUGUCUCUCCUCUCCAAGCUCCUCUUCCUCGCUCUCGUCUUCUUCUCCCUGCCCGCCGCCCGACACCUGCUGAGCUGGCUGCCUGCAAUUGGGCCACCUCAAGCAGCCAGCAGUCAGAAAAAGCCACAUAGGUACAGAGAUUUAUGUCUGUCUGCAUGCUUCCCCGCCUGUGGCCCCACUCUCUCUUCUCCGCCUGUGCUGCUUUCCCUCAUCCCUCCAUCCACUUUCCCUCAUCCCUCCAUCCACUUUCCCUCAUCCCUCCAUCCACUUUCCCUCAUCCCUCCAUCCACUUUCCCUCAUCCCUCCAUCCACUUUCCCUCAUCCCUCCAUCCACUUUCCCUCAUCCCUCCAUCCACUUUCCCUUGUUUCAUCCACUUCCUCCCUCUUUCUUGGAUUUGUGCUUCCUCGACCUUCAUCCUCCUCCACCCUCUCUCUGUGAUUCUCUUAUCCCUCCCCUCUCCACACCCCCACCCCAGUGUGCCCUUCCCAGUGGUCUUCUACAGCCUGCUCCUCUCCAGCCCUCCGGAGUGCCUUGCACUCCCGCUUCUGAUAUGGAAGUACGAGUGGGGCAUGCUCUUCCUCUCCGUGCAAGUGCUGCUCUUCGUCUCACACAUCGCCUCCUUACAAGCUGUUUCCUUCAUCCCAUGGCCAGCAGCAGCAGCAAGCAUAGCAUGUGGGCACAUGGCCAUACAUGCAUUUGAGGCUAGAGCAUGUGCCAUGCUUGCUCAAAGCUAUUGGAUGGCGGGGCGGGCGGGGCGCGACAAGGGCGCGCUGCGCGCGAUGAUGCGCGAGAUGGCGCAGAAGACGGAGAAGCGCAUCGACUCCCCGCUCGUGAGGUGCGGCACUGCGCACGGGGGGGUGGUGAGGGAUGGCGAGGGGCAAUGA